AUGCCUUUCCGAUCAAAUCCGGUGACACUGCGCCUGGCGUGCAGCUCACCCCAAGCUCUGUCAAGGUCAAUUUGCGCGAACAGAUGGAUUGCGACAAAGAGCUUCGGUGACGCGCCUUUCGCCCAUACCUGGCUCACAAAAAAACCAGAAACAAUUACGGUAGAUGAUAUCCUGUCAAGCCUUUCUUCCUCGCCCGCCAAAGACACCACUCCCCUCCUCCUUGUUACUCCCAAAUUCGCACACUGGCUCGACCCGACCGAUGAAUUCCUCCCGAAACUACUUGGUCGAUUGUAUACCGGCUCGGAUCCCAUAUAUGCCGUUGCAGCUAUCGUCGACAAACUCCCAAACACAUCCGCAUUUCCCACCGCGCCCUCUCAAACAAGCGCCGCUUUUGAAGGCGCAGAGCCUGAAGGACUGUCUCUACUUGUUGUACCGCAGCUCAAUGUACAAGGGAAAGCUGCACCUCCUCGUCGCUUUGGGGGGCCUGCAUUGGAGGAGGCUGAUCUUGGAAUUUCGGUAGACGCCGCCGAUCUCUCAACUCAUCAAAUUGGUCUGCGACUUGCCCAUACCAUAUUCGUCAACGGCAAGGAAUCGACGCUGUUUGGAAUGCGCUGGACUUGGGAUAAAACUGUUGGAGAUAAUGGUGCAUUCGCCUUGAACGACUCUAUAGAUUUGACAAACUGUAUUGUCAGGUCUUCGUCAUCCGUUGCCGACGUUCAAUCUACACUGACAUUGCCGCUUCAUCCUGUGGGUCAGCGACGGAAAGUCAUCUCAAGCAUGGGUAACAUCUUGCGACAAGUAUCGAAAUCCACAGACCCGGAUUCGGUUGCACCUAUGCCCGCCUCAACCGAGUUAGAGAAGGAGCUCCCUCGCUAUAUCUCUGAGAAUAACAUCGUCGACCAAAGAGUCUCUGUAUGGGCUUUGAUUGAGAAACCCACGGCGACUGUCUCAUGCUCGCAACAUGGCCUUUUAGAAUCUGUUUCUCACGGGGGCAAAUUACAUCGAGUCAUAAGCGGCGGAGGUGGAUGGGGAAAGAAACAGGGACUGCUUUCUCUAGAUCCAGAAAUCGCCUUUCCUGGCACCGCUGGUAAGGUGGAGCUUGAUCAUUUAGAUGAUCUCUUCAGUCACAACACAAGCAAGGUGUCAGACCUGCCGCCGGCUUUCCUAGAUAGUUUUGUUGGAGAUGAUCUCUCAAUACUGUCGCAAGUCGCAACGGAAGGCGACUUCAUCCAAUUCUACGUGUCGACGGAAUCAACACCUUCUCCCCAGAAUGAGACGAGGCAGAACAACGCGCCUCCAGACGCAAUCUCUUACUGUUUUGGAAUAGUGUCUGAUGCCGAGCAGCUUGAUACGCAAUCAAACGAGAUUCAAGCUCUUACCUCGCUCCCAAAUACCUUCGGAGCACUCUCCGAGAAAGGGAUCACCUAUUCUCGGUCUCUGCCUAUGGACGAAGACCAGCAGGAGACAAUGAAAUGGGCGUCUGGUCUCAAUACGAAACUCGAUAUACCGGGAUGUCAGGUCAUUCUCAGCCCCGCAGUAGACUCUGAGUGA